GGAAAUUAUUUUAAUUCACUUGUAGUUGGUGAUACUCUCUCUCUCUCUCUCUCUUCCACUGAAGCUCUCGAAGAGUCGACCCCAAAAAGACGCAAAACAGCUCGAAGCACAGCAAUCCUAAUUUUCACUCAUUGCAUCCCAUUUGUGACCUCCAACUUUCCCAUCAUAUACGUUUCCCGGAAAAUUCCCACAAACCCAUUUGGAUUCUCCCCCGUUUUCUGCCCGGAUUCGAAUUCUUUGCGUUUAUAUUCGUGAUAUUUGAACAGUCCAUGAUACAGGCUACGAAGAAGCCAUGCCGAUUAGAAGCAUAAUUCAGGACAUGAAGGGCGAGAUCAACAACAUUUCCCGGAGAGGUGGCGAUGGGAAACUGGGUCAUUUCCAUGGAUUGGCGUCGAGGUCGCUGCGCGGGGUUCAGGAUGGUUCGGCGGUGGUUUAUCUCGAAGAUGGUUUGAAGCAGAGCUUUUGGGCGCAGAUGCCGCAAGAACUCUUGAGAGAGGUGCUUCUGCGGAUAGAGGCGUCGGAGAAUGUUUGGCCUUUGAGGAAGAAUGCGGUGGCCUGCGCUGGGGUUUGCAGAAGUUGGAGGCAGCUUAUGAAGGAAAUUGUGAAGACCCCUGAAAUUUCUGGCAAGUUGACGUUCCCAAUAUCGGUUAAGCAGCCUGGUGCAAGAGAGUCCCUUCUCAAAUGUUUCAUAAAACGGAACCGGUCUAACCAAACAUAUCAUCUCUACCUCAGUUUAACUCAAGCUUUAGCUGAAGAUGGGAAGUUUCUUCUUGCUGCCCGUAAGUGUAGACGCCCCACCUACACAGAUUAUAUCAUCUCUUUGCAUGCUGAUGACAUUUCAAGGGGGACCAGCACCUAUAUUGGGAAAUUGAGAUCAAACUUUUUGGGGACCAAGUUCACAAUUUAUGAUGGGCAACCACCUCAUGCUGGUGCCAAAUUUACAAAAAGUCGAUCCACUAGGCUGGUGGGUUUGAAAAAAAUCUCCCCUCGAAUCCCGGCUGGCAACUAUCCAGUGGCUCACAUCUCAUAUGAGUUGAAUGUGUUGGGUUCAAGGGGUCCUAGGAGAAUGCAGUGUAUCAUGGAUGGCAUUCCUGCCUCUGCUAUUGAAAAUGGAGGAGAGGCCCCUACUCAGACCGAGUUUCUACCGACCAACAUAGAUUUCUUUCCAUCGCUCCCAUUUUUCCGUUCAAAAUCAACCCGUUUGGAGAAUUUCUUAUCGGUACCCUCAGCUGACCAGAAGGAUGGGGCCUUGGUGUUAAAAAACAAAGCUCCAAGGUGGCACGAACAGCUGCAGUGCUGGUGUUUGAAUUUCCAUGGACGAGUGACAGUUGCAUCAGUGAAGAACUUUCAGCUGGUGGCUUCUCCGGAGAAUAGAAUGGCUGGACAGGAACACGAGACGGUCAUCCUCCAGUUUGGAAAAGUGGGGAAGGAUGUGUUUACUAUGGACUACCAGUACCCAAUCUCAGCAUUCCAAGCUUUUGCCAUCUGCCUCAGCAGCUUUGACACCAAGAUUGCUUGCGAAUGAUGCAUGACGGAACAGGUUUGCUAUAAGGAUGGGCAAAUUUUCACUCAGAAACCAAUAAAAAUCUUAUUAUUACUGACUCAGUUUCCUUUUCGUCCCAGUGCAGCUAAAUCUGUUAAUCUUAUUAUUACUGACUCAGUUUCCUUUUCGUCCCAGUGCAGCUAAAUCUGUUUUAAAGGUUGAGUGGUGCAUUGCGAUAAUACAACCCAAAACAGAAAUGUUGGGUGAAGCUAUUGGAUUACUGAGCUAACCAAGGCAGAUGAAAUGUACAGGAGCUCUUGGAACUGGGUAGCUCAAAUUGCAUGAAAAAUGAAGGGAAUUCAAGUAGAUUAUGAAACCAAGAACUUAUUUCUUCCCAUGCUUUGUAUAUUUUGUUUUUUUUUUUUCAUGUAAAUAAUAUUAUUUCUACAGAAAUCUGCCCAACCUUGUGACUUAUUUGUUAUAUUUUACCCCUUCUCAAUCUCUUGAGAUAUGGAAACCUAAAAUGAUUCACUAAUAUAUAGAACAUAAAUUUGCUCC